AUGGCCGAGCGCGAGGACGAGAACGCGUACGAGAAGCUGUCGCGCGAGGUGCACCAGGCGCAGACGACGGGCGCGAUCCACCCCGACUGGCUCGAGAACCCAUGCGGCUUCCUCCUCAAGCCCGACUUUAAGCGCAAGAUGCAGCACAUGGGCGCCGGCGGCAAGAAGCUCCAGACGAGUAUCCGCGGCCUGCGGCUGCAUUUGCCCGGGAGCUCGUACCGCAGCCGAUGGUUCGUCCUCGAUGGCAUGAUGCUGCGCUACUUCCGCUCCAAGAACGACGAGCAAGAGCUCGGCGCGAUCCACUUGACGAGCGUCAACGCGGUCCUGCCCUCGAGCAUGGCCGACGCACCCGAUCACGCACUCGACCUCGUGUGCGCCGACCGCAUCUACACGGUCGCCGCCGCGACGCGCGAAGACAUGGUGCGCUGGGCCACGGUCCUCACGCUUGUGCUGCGCGGCGAAUACCAGCCCAAGCUCAUGCAGCGGCGCGAGUCGGCUGUCAUCCGCGGCAGCUCGGUGAUACCGCCGCACAAUGGCCGGGGCAGCGCCGUCGCCGUCAUGCGCCAGGCGUCCCAGGUGCUCCCGGCCGCGCCGACCUUCCAGCCGACGCUGACGCCGUUCGACGAAGAGCCCGAGGACAAGGAGCGUGAGAUGGACGCCAAGCUACGCGCCAUGAGCGUACGCGAGAAGAUGAUCACCGUCACGUUCGACACCCCGGGCCCGCUGCAUCUUUUGCUGCAGAGCACGAUGGAAGACACGAUCAUGGUACGAGGUUUCCAGGAGCCGGCGGAAGGCGGCGUCGGCCUCGCCGAAGCCACGGGCAUCAUCAUGCUCGGCGACAUCCUCGUCGCGAUCCAGGACCACACGUUCUCGACUUUGCCGUUUGCUCAAGCGAUCGAAGAGAUCCAGCGUGCCGCCCGACCGCUGACCCUCCGCUUCUCCCGCCUCGAAGCCGCGCCCAUCAAGCAAGUGUCGCGUCUCGCGCAAGGCUGGGUGCUCGCCAAGGAGCCUGCGACGAACCGCGUGCGCAUCCGGCUCUUGCAGCUCCAAGGCUCCAAGCUGCACCUCUUCAAGUCGGGCCUGCACAUUGGUCGGCAAGAACGCCCGGUGCUGACGCUCGCGCUCGACGACGUGACCGACAUCCGUCCACUCCACGACAAACGGCCGAGUGUCACGUGCGUGCAAGGCUUCCCCAAGACGUUUGGCUUGACGCUCGAAGCCAGCCACUUUAUGUUUACGUGCUACGUCCUGUCGCUCGACGAACUCAAAACGUGGCUCGACGUGCUCAAAAACGCGAUUGUGUUUGAGAAACCACGCCUUGGCACGAGCACGAUUCCUGUGCACCCGAUCAUGGUGCUUGAAAAGGCCGCCGACGCGACCAUGACGACGGUUGCGUCGACGCUGCUCGUCAGUGACGCGCUCAAGUGGGGCGAGCUCACGCACGAGUUUGAAGCGCGGCAUCUCGUGCUGCGUAGUGGCGGCAAGCUCCAGAUCUAUUCCGAUGCGUCACGGACGGUGCUGCUCACGACGCUGCGCUGUGACGCAAUCGUCGCGCUCACGCCGUCCCAAGUGGCCUUGGGCGGGGACGAAGCCGCGUACCAGCUCGAGAUUGCCGUCGUGCUUGCCUCCAACAACGUGCACUGGCGUCGGUCGUUCAACCUUCGCUUCGAGUCCAUCCAUGUUCUCAUGAAGUGGGCGCGGUACUUGGAACGGGAAGUGCGCCACAGUGCGGGGCGUGAACUCGACGUGACGUUGCUUGAAACGAACGCCGAGAGCUUGCUCUUGACGUCGUCCGGACCCCGCGUUGCCCGGUACGAGCCUCAAGACGAGUACGUGCGCUGGGUCGCGUCGAGCCGCGGCUGCCGCCACUUUGGUCAGCUGCGCAUCGAAGGCCCGAUGGCCCAAGGCUGGUUUUACGUCAAGAAGCCCGGUGCUGUCGGGGCCGACGCGUACCAUCCGCGCUUUGUGGUACUCAAGGACCACCAUUUGCUCCUGCACAAGUACGAGACGGCGAGUGCCGACGUCUGUGCCGGUCGCAUCGACUUGGCCGAGAUCCGCACCGUGCGCGUCGUCAAGGGCGACUCUAUGGACGCCUUUGACUUUUCGAUUCAGCUCAAGACGUCGUCCAACCUGGUCUUCACGCUCGCAGCGCUGACGCAAGCCCAGAAAGAGGCGUGGUUCAUGCUCCUUCUCUGGGCGUCCGACUACUACUUUCAAGAAACGCCGCUCAACUCGCUGCUGCCGCCGCCCAAGCUCGUCUCGUCGACGUCGUCGGCCGAGCACGUGACGAACCGGCUCAGCAUCGAAGUCGUCCAGAACGCGGCGCUCGCGACCACUAGUCGGGCGUCGUUGUGGGCCGUUGAAAGCAUCGCGCAGAUCCGCGGCUGGCUCACGCUCGGGGACCAGCGCGUCUAUGCCGCGAUCCUCAACGGCGUGCUCAGCUACUACGAAGUGGAAGACGACCUCGACAACGAGUGGGGUGACGCGCUGGACGCGAUCGAGCUCUCGCGCGUCCUGUCCGUGUCGUGUGACGGAGACGCGCGCUUCGCCGUCGUGCUGUCCUUGGACACUGCCACGGAGAUCACCGUGCACCUCGAGGCCGUGAACGCCGUCUGGGCGAAGAAGUGGAUGCUCGCCAUGUGCUCGUGCAGCCGCCUCGUGCUGCUCCAGGACGAGACCAAGCUGUACAGUACAGCGCCGAAAGAAGGGUAUCUGUGGAAGCUUGACCGGCUCUACCAAGUGCAUCGAAAGCGGUUCUUCUGCCUCCGGAACCACGAGCUUGUCGUGUCGACCGCGCCGGACGGCCGCGUCCUCAACGUCAUUGCGCUCGACACUGUUGCGGGCAUCUUCCUCUCCAAGAUUGCGGGCGCGAAGGACUACUUCCAGAUGCACUUGCACUGCGUCCACGACGCCGACCCGGUUCUGGACCCGACGUUGACCGCGACGGCGCUCGCCGAGUCGGACGAGGACAUGGACUCGGCGUCGUUCCAGACCAUCUCGGUGUCAUUCUUUGACGAAGCCGAGAUGCGCGAGUGGGCGCUCGCCGUGUACCACUGCUGCACGAACGCCAUGAUCAACCAUUCGGGUGCCAAUUUGCAGCUGCCGUCGACGAUCGAGACGUUCCCACAGGCGCUCAUGAAGACGACCGCCUUCCUUGAUGCGACCACGGACGAGACGGACGGGCCGUCGAACACGGGCUGGCUCUUCUACCGGUCCGGCGUCAACGAGCGCUAUCGCCGGCGUUUCUUUGUCUUGCGCGGGUUUGAACUCUCGAUCUACAAGCACGACUUGGGCGCCGACGAAAUCGCGAUUCGCUAUGGUGUCGUCGACGUGCGCUCGGUCCUCGACGUGCAGUUUGUGAGCCGCAACUGCCCCGAGAACGCGAUCGAGCUCGCGUUCAGCGCGACGACGCUGACGCUGAUCCCGCCCUCGGACGCGGCCGCGGUGGCGUGGCGCAGCGCCUUUUUGGACGUGAAGCGGUCGGUCGUGACCAACCACGACGUGACAAGUGGCGUCCUCAUCAGCCGCAGCAGCACGUUUGCUCUCCAAAAGGAAAACGAAGAACUCUUGCGCAUGCAGAUCGAGACGCUCGUGAGCUUUGCCGCCAACCUCCUCGCGUACGACGGCUCCAAGUGGGUCGCCAACUACUAUGUGAUGACGUCGGCGCGUCUCCUCGUCUUUUCGCUGGCGGUCCACUUGUACGACGAAGACCCGGACUUGCUCUCGACGUUUGAGACCAAGCACAUUGUGCAAGUGCGGUCGCUCACGCUGGACGAAGAAGCCGAGCGCAGUGGGUCGAACUCGGCCUGCGCGUUCUCGAUCCACCUCUCGACCGUGCCCGACCCGCUCGUGCUCAAGUGCGAGACCUUUGAUCACUGCUUGCAAUGGAUGCGGAUGCUCUGCCACAGCAACGGCAAGCUCGAGCUCAAGCGCAACGCGGCAACCGGCGUCUGGGGAAGUGUGAACCGGAUUGCGUCCUUGUCGCGCCACAAUAGCUUCCUGGCCGCGGGUCCGCCCCGCUUCUCGGAAGCGUCGUCCGCGUUUUGA